AUGACGCUCAAGGAGGAGUUCGCGACUAGAAACUUCAGCAUUUACGGCCAAUGGCUGGGCGUUCUGUCCAUGAUCCUGUGCUUAGCACUGGGCAUCUCCAACAUCUUCACCAUUCAUCCCCUUCUCAUCAUCUUCUGCGCCCUCGCCCUUGCCUCCGCGCUGGUGAUUCUCUUCAUUGAGAUCCCCCUACUGCUCCGAAUCUGCCCUACCUCGUCCACCUUCGAUGGCUUCAUCCGCAAGAUCUCCACCAACUACAUGCGCGCUGGCGCCUACGCCGGCAUGGCCGUCAUCCAAUUCCUUAGCACUAUCAUCGUCACCAGCAGCUUGAUCGCCGCCGGCGUCUUCCUCUCUCUGGCCGCCAUCUGCUACCUCCUCGCCGGCAUCAAGGGUCAGGCCUUCGUCGGCAGCAAGACCCUGGGCGGCCAGGGUGUCGCUCAGAUGAUUGUCUAG